AUGGGUCUAUUCUAUAUUCUUCUAUUUCUUCCUUCAUUGAUUAAAUGUAAUCAACAAGAAAUAUUUUUAAGUGAAGAAACUCCAAUUGAUACAAUAAUAUUUGAUUUAAAUACUUUAUCAAAUUCAUUAAUAACAUAUCAAUUAUUAGAAAGUUCAUCAUUACUUUCAUUUAAUUCAACAACAAAUCUUAUAAAAAUAUCUAAACGUAUUGAUCGUGAUACAUUAUGUCCAUAUGAUGAUAGUUGUUUAAAAUGUCAAAUAACAAUGAAAUUCUAUGAUAUGUUUAAUCAUAAAAUUUUUUUAUUAAUAUUUAAUAUAAAUGAUAUUAAUGAUAAUUCACCUAUAUUUAGUUCAAAUACAUAUUCAAUAUCAUUAACAGAAAAUAAUAUACCAGGUAUAAAAAUUCGUUUAUCAAAAGCUGAAGAUAUUGAUUGUAUAAAUAAUGGUGUACAAUUAUAUGAAUUAACUUAUAUUUUUCAUGGACAUGUUAUAAUAUCAUCAAUAAAUCUUCAUCAACAACAACAACAACAAAAUCAAACAAUAAAUCAACCAUUUUAUUUAUUAUAUGAUUUAAAUUUUGAUUUAUAUUUAAUUAUUAAUCAAACACUUGAUCGUGAAUUACAAAAUGAAUAUAUAUUUACAUUAACAGCAAAUGAUUAUUCAAAUAUAAUUUCUUCAAAAUUAAUUUUAACUGUACUUGAUGUUAAUGAUCAUAUACCACAAUUUUCUCAAUUAAUUUAUUCAAUAAAUAUAUCAUAUUCAACAUUACCUGGUACAAUUUUACUUAAACUUACAGCAUAUGAUCCUGAUUUAGAUCAUAAUUCAUAUAUUUAUUAUUCAUUAAUUAGUAUUGAUGGUUUAAAUAAUAAAAAUGAUUUAUUUCAAAUUAAUUCUCAUACAGGUGAAUUAAUUCUUUUAACAAAUUUAAAUCAAUAUGAUACAAAAAAAAUUUUUAAAUUAAUUAUUGGUGCAUCGGAUAAUACAAAUAAUGCUAUACCAGCAUUAACAACUGUAUAUAUAAAUAUAAUACAACAAUCAAUUAUAUCAAUAACAUUUGGUUCAAAUAAAGUAUCAAAAAAUUUUUCUGAAGUUUAUAUUGAAGAAAAUUUACCUAAUGCAACAUUUAUUGCAUAUAUAACAUCUGAUGAAUAUAUUCGUAUAUUACCUGAAAAUAAUAAUCGUGGAUUUUUUAUAAAAAAAUUAUCUGAUAAUUCAUUAACAUUAUUAACUGAUCGAAGUUAUGAUAGAGAAAUUCAAUCAUCAUAUGAUAUUUUUAUAUAUAGUGGAAAUAAUCAACGAACAUUUCGUAUAAUUGUUACAGAUAUAAAUGAUUGUAAACCUAUAUGGAAUACAUCAUUAUUAAAUAUAAAUAUUGAAUUAAAAUUAAUGAUAAUUAUAUUAAAUGCAAGUGAUUCUGAUGAAAAUCAAAAUGGAAAAAUUGGUUAUAGAAAAAAAGAUUUAAUAUGGCCAACAUGGAUUAAUUUAAUUGAUAAUAAAUUAAUUAUUAAUUGUACAAAUGAAACAAAUAAUAAUUGUUUAUUUGAUUUAUUAAAUAAAAAUAUAUUUAUUAAUAUUGAAGCAUAUGAUUAUGGUAAACCUGAAUUAUCAUCAAUUAUUAAAAUACAUUUAUAUUAUAAUUUAAAACAAAUUUUAUCUUUUAAAUAUGAAUAUAUAAUUAUCAUGAUAGGAUGUUUAUUAGGAAUAUUAUUUAUUUUAUUAAUAUUAAUUUUAUAUAUUUAUUAUCAAAGAAAAAAUAAAAAAAAAUCAAAUGAAAUUACUGAUGAUAAUAGUACAGAACAAAAAAUUAUUCAAAUAUCAUCAUCAGAACAAAGUUCAUCAGCAGAUUCACUUUAUGGUUCAGAAAAAUCGGAUAAUAUUACACUUGAAACAGCAGCUAGUUGUCAUUUAGAUAUGUUUCUUUUUUCACCAAAACGUGGUAUUAUAUUAACUGAUUCACCAUAUCAAUAUUCAUUUAUAAAUAAAUCAGAUAAUUUAACAAAUAAAUUAUUUAAUGCAAUACAAAAUGAUCUUACAUUAUUAACCGAUACAAAACAAGAGAUUAUUAUAAAUCGUGGAACUUAUGUUUAA